UUCCCAAUGAGAGGCGCUGGGGGGAAGUUUGGGCAACUCGGCCUGGCCAAUAGAGAACCUCGGGAGGGCUCUGCCCCUUCUCCCCGCCUCCGCCCGCCUCUGCUCCCGCAGCGCGAGUGUUCGCUGAGCGCAGUGUGCGUGGAGAUUAGGUCGGAGCGCGCGCCCCGGGAAGGCAGUCCGCGAGCUCCAGCCGCCGCCGUCAGCAGCAACCUCCUCGAGCAGAGCCGCGGCGGAAGCGGGCUCAGGGGAGCGAGCCCGGCCCCGCCAGCCCAGCCCAGCCCAGCCCAGCCCAGCCCAACCCUGCCGACUCCCUCCCCACGCCCGGGUAGCAGCCGCCGUCGCCUGGAGAGAAGGUGGAGAAAGAAAUCUAGCCCCUAGCACGCACGCACCAUCAUGGACCAUUAUGAUUCCCAGCAGACCAAUGACUAUAUGCAGCCUGAAGAGGACUGGGACCGGGACCUGCUCCUGGAUCCGGCCUGGGAGAAGCAGCAGAGAAAGACCUUCACGGCCUGGUGCAACUCCCACCUGCGCAAAGCAGGGACCCAGAUUGAGAACAUUGAAGAGGACUUCCGAGAUGGCCUGAAGCUCAUGCUGCUCCUGGAGGUCAUCUCAGGUGAGCGUUUGGCCAAGCCAGAGAGAGGCAAGAUGCGAGUGCACAAGAUCUCCAACGUCAACAAGGCCCUGGAUUUCAUAGCCAGCAAAGGGGUCAAGCUGGUGUCCAUUGGAGCUGAAGAAAUUGUGGACGGGAAUGUGAAGAUGACCCUGGGCAUGAUCUGGACCAUCAUCCUUCGUUUUGCCAUCCAAGACAUCUCUGUGGAAGAGACAUCAGCUAAAGAAGGGUUGCUCCUGUGGUGUCAGAGGAAGACAGCCCCAUAUAAAAAUGUCAACAUCCAAAACUUCCACAUCAGUUGGAAGGAUGGUCUUGGUUUCUGUGCCUUGAUCCACCGGCACCGGCCCGAGUUGAUUGACUAUGGAAAGCUUCGAAAGGAUGAUCCACUCACAAACCUGAACACAGCCUUUGAUGUGGCAGAGAGAUACCUGGACAUUCCAAAGAUGCUGGAUGCAGAAGACAUCGUCGGAACUGCCCGGCCAGAUGAGAAAGCCAUUAUGACCUAUGUGUCUAGCUUCUACCAUGCCUUCUCUGGAGCCCAGAAGGCGGAAACAGCAGCCAAUCGAAUCUGUAAAGUGUUGGCCGUCAAUCAAGAGAAUGAACAGCUUAUGGAAGACUAUGAGAAGCUGGCCAGUGAUCUGUUAGAGUGGAUCCGCCGCACCAUCCCAUGGCUGGAGAAUCGGGUGCCCGAGAACACCAUGCAGGCCAUGCAGCAGAAGCUGGAGGACUUCCGAGACUACCGACGCCUGCACAAGCCGCCCAAGGUGCAGGAGAAGUGCCAGCUGGAGAUCAACUUCAACACACUGCAGACCAAGCUGCGGCUAAGCAACCGGCCUGCCUUCAUGCCCUCCGAGGGCAGGAUGGUCUCGGAUAUCAACAAUGCCUGGGGCUGCCUGGAACAGGCAGAGAAGGGCUACGAGGAGUGGUUGCUGAAUGAGAUCCGGAGGCUAGAGAGGUUGGACCACCUGGCAGAGAAGUUCCGGCAGAAGGCCUCCAUCCAUGAAGCCUGGACAGACGGCAAAGAAGCCAUGCUGCGGCAGAAGGAUUAUGAGACGGCCACCUUGUCCGAGAUCAAGGCCCUACUCAAGAAGCACGAGGCCUUUGAGAGUGACCUGGCUGCCCACCAGGACCGCGUGGAGCAGAUCGCGGCCAUUGCCCAGGAGCUUAAUGAGCUGGACUAUUAUGACUCACCAAGUGUCAACGCUCGAUGCCAAAAGAUCUGUGACCAGUGGGACAAUCUAGGGGCCCUGACUCAGAAGCGGAGGGAAGCUUUAGAGCGAACAGAGAAGCUGCUGGAGACCAUCGACCAGCUAUACUUGGAGUACGCCAAGAGGGCUGCACCCUUCAACAACUGGAUGGAGGGAGCCAUGGAGGACCUUCAAGACACCUUCAUCGUACAUACCAUUGAGGAGAUCCAGGGACUGACCACAGCCCAUGAGCAGUUCAAGGCUACCCUCCCGGAUGCAGACAAGGAGCGCCUGGCCAUCCUGGGCAUCCACAAUGAAGUGUCCAAGAUUGUCCAGACCUAUCAUGUCAACAUGGCAGGCACCAACCCCUAUACAACCAUCACACCUCAGGAGAUCAAUGGCAAAUGGGACCAUGUACGGCAGCUGGUGCCCCGGAGGGACCAGGCUCUAACAGAGGAGCACUCGAGGCAGCAGCACAACGAGAGGUUACGCAAGCAGUUUGGGGCACAAGCCAAUGUCAUCGGACCCUGGAUCCAGACCAAGAUGGAGGAGAUUGGGAGGAUCUCCAUUGAGAUGCACGGUACCCUGGAGGACCAACUCAGCCACCUGCGGCAGUAUGAAAAGAGCAUCGUCAAUUAUAAGCCAAAGAUUGACCAGCUGGAGGGCGACCACCAGCUCAUCCAGGAAGCACUUAUCUUCGACAAUAAGCACACCAACUAUACAAUGGAGCACAUCCGUGUGGGCUGGGAGCAGCUGCUCACCACCAUUGCCAGGACCAUCAAUGAAGUGGAGAACCAGAUCUUGACCCGGGAUGCCAAAGGCAUCAGCCAGGAACAGAUGAACGAAUUCCGAGCCUCCUUCAACCACUUUGACCGGAAGAAGACGGGCAUGAUGGACACGGAUGAUUUCCGCGCCUGCCUUAUCUCCAUGGGUUACAACAUGGGAGAGGCAGAAUUUGCCCGGAUCAUGAGCAUUGUAGACCCAAACCGCUUGGGGGUAGUGACGUUCCAGGCCUUCAUCGACUUCAUGUCCCGAGAGACGGCUGACACAGAUACAGCGGAUCAGGUCAUGGCUUCCUUCAAGAUCCUGGCUGGAGAUAAGAAUUACAUCACCGGGGAUGAGCUGCGCCGCGAGCUGCCACCUGACCAAGCCGAGUACUGCAUCGCGAGAAUGGCCCCCUACGCGGGCCCUGACUCCGUGCCGGGUGCUCUAGACUACAUGUCCUUCUCCACGGCGCUGUACGGCGAGAGUGACCUCUAACCCACCCCUGCCUCCCCCCACCCUGGCCUUCUGCGCGUGCGCCCCACCCUGCUCCUGCUCCGCCCAGUAUGGCUGUCUGCGUUUGGUUUCAGCUCAGCCACCAAGGGGACAGAGCUCCGACCCAGGCGGCACCGAGCCUCCCUACCCGCAAAGUGACAGUUUACAAAAUUAUUUUCUGCAAAAAAGGAAAAAAAAAGUUACAUUUAAAAAAAAGUUUAAAAAGAAAAAAAAAACAAAAAACUACAUAUUUUAUUAUAGAAAAAAAGUAUUUUUUUCUCCACCAGUCUUAAAUGGAAAAGAGGAAAAAUUAACUAUUUGCACCGAAAUGUUUUUGUUGUGACAUAGGAAAAUAACCAAGCACAAAGUUAUAUUCCAUUCUUUUUACUGAAUUUUUUUCCUUCUACCUGUUCCAUCUGCUGUGUUCAUUUCUCUAAUUUCAUGUCCACUUGGGGGUGGGGUAGGUGGGUACUCUUGUCAGAGGCACACUGGUGCAUGUGUGUUUGCUCGCUCACUUGUCCAUGAGAAUAUUUUAUGAUAUUAAAGAAAACCUUUUGAAAUGGCUGCUUUUCAAAGAAGAUAAUUCAUGGCUUCUCAUUUUUAAGUCUCCUCAAAAGUGUCGCUGGCCUGUUUUAUGACUGCAGUGUUGUUAUUGUUUUUUUUUAAAUUCUGAAUAUUGCCUAUUAAAGAUAGGAGAAACUUGGAGAUUAUGAUGUUGCUUGGCACAGACUGUAUUAAAACAACACUCCCACGAGA